AUGGAGCCUCGGCUGUUGUGCUGUGAGGGGAACAAGCCUGGUGUCCGGAGGGCCUACCGAGACUCCAACCUGUUGACUGACCGGGUACUGCACGCUCUGCUGCGGGCAGAAGACAAGUACCUCCCCGCCGCCAACUACUUCAAAUGCGUCCAGAGUGAAAUGGCUCCGUACAUGAGGAGGAUAGUGGCUACUUGGAUGUUGGAGGUGUGUGAGGAGCAGAAGUGUGAGGAGGAAGUUUUUCCACUGGCCAUGAACUAUAUGGAUCGCUUCUUGUCAGUGGAACCCACAAAGAAAAACCACCUCCAGUUAUUGGGAGCUGCAUGCAUGUUCCUGGCAUCCAAACUGAAGGAGACAAUCCCACUCACUGCUGAGAAACUCUGCGUCUACACAGACAACUCCAUCACACCUUCUCAGCUGCUGCAAAUGGAGCUGCUGGUUUUGAACAAGCUGAAGUGGGACCUGGCUUCAUUAACCCCUCUUGACUUCAUCGACUUUUUCCUGUCUCGGCUGUCUGUCUGGACAGAGAACAGACCUAUACUCAGGAAGCACGCUCACAUCUUCGUUGCGCUGUGUGCCACAGAUGUUAAAUUCAUAGCCUGCCCUCCAUCCAUGGUAGCGGCAGGCAGCGUGGUGGCAGCAGUGGAGGGCUUACAGGCGAAAAUGGAGGGCAACACAAUGACGUCUCAGAAACUGACGGAGCAGCUGGCACAGACCAUCAGGAGUGACCCGGACUGUCUCAGAGCAUGUCAGGAACAAAUAGAGUCAUUGCUGGAAACCAGUCUCAGACUGGCACAACAACAACCCCACUCAAUUACCAUGGAAACAAAGAACAUGGGUGAAGGACAGGACCUCUCAGCUACGCCCACAGAUGUACAGGACAUAAACAUCUGA